ACGGAGGGGAGGGCCCCCCCGAGGAGGGGGUGCUGCGGGGGGGCACCCCCGUUCUCGGGAUUCCCACCCCUGGCGUGUUGGGGGGCGUUGUGGGGGGGCACAUCGGCUCCUCAAUCUCAUGGUGGAGGGGGACAUCUUUUCCCCAACCACCAUUUGGGGGGGGGGGGCACAUGUUCUCCUCAAACCCUUUGGCGAGGGCAACAUGUUUUCCCCAACCUCCAUUUUUGGGGGGGAUACACCUUCUCCCCAGUCCCAUUGGGGAGGGGGAUAUAUUUUCCCCACCUCCCAAUGGGGGGGGACAUCUUGUCCUCAGUCGCAUUUGGCGGGGCACAUCUCCUCCUCAGUCCCACUCGGGAGGGGGAUGUGUUUUCCCCACCUCUCAUUUGGGGGGGAUAUCUUGUCCUCAGUCACAUUUGGGGGGGGAUAUCUUGUCCUCAGUCACAUUUGGGGGGUCACAUCUCCUCCUCAAUCCCACUGGGGAGGGGGAUGUGUUUUCCCUACCAACCCCAUUUUGGGGGGGAUAUCUUGUCCUCAGUCACAUCUAGGGGACACAGCUUCUCCCCACACUGUCUUUGGGGAGGCAUACCUCCUCCAUGCCCACCCCAAAUGGAUGGUACAUGUCCUGCUCACACCCCUUUGAGGGGGACACCUCCUCCCUGCACCCCAUUUGAGGAGCACAUCUCCUCCUCGUACUCCUUUGACGGGCACAUCUCCCCUCCAUGCCCCCUUUGGGGGGCACGUCUCCCCCCUCCAACCCUCUUUGGGGAGACACAUGCCCUCCCCAAUCCCAUUUGGGGGGCACACCUCCUCCUCACACCCCUUUGUGGGGACACACCUUCUCCAUGCCCUCUGUUUGGAGGAGGGUCACAUCUCCUCCCCACAACCCUUUUGGGGGGGGCAGAUCUCCUGAAGCCCAUUUGGCUGGGGGCACGCCUCCUUCCCAACCCCCAUUUUUUGGGGACAUUUCUCCACUCACCCCUUUGGGGGUUGCACCUCCUCCCCAUCCCUCAUUUGAGGGGCACAGCCCUCCUCACUCCCCAUUUUGGGGUCACAUCUCCUACCCAUACCCUGUUUUGGGGGUCACACCUCCUCCCCACCCCCUUUGGGGGGCUCUCAGCCCUGUCCCCUCCGUGGGCGGCCGCCGCAGCCUCGCCCGCGGCGGGGGGUGGCAGCAGCAAUUCCGCAAAUUCCUACCCGGAUUAUUGACAGCGAGAGAGGUGCCGGCCAUGCGACCCCCCCGGAGCUGCGCCGGGAAGGGUUAAUACCACCGGGAAGGGUUGAUGCCACCGGAUUGCUCCAGGAUGGAUGCUGGAAGUUUACCUGAGGUGAUGUGGAUGUGGAGCCUUUUGUGUGCGCUGGGAGCGGGUAACAGGUACCUCCCGAGCUGAGGUUCGGGAAUGAGCCCCGCUAUCCCGGAUAAUCACCCGGAGGAGCGGGAACGGGAGCCGCUCGAUGGCUUUCAGGCAAUUAUAGCACAUCAAACAAAAACCGGAGCAGCCUUCAGAAUGUUUAUUGAGAAGUUGAAAGCAGGCUCCUUUGUAUUAUUACAAAUUGUUUGAAUAGGAUCCUGAUUUCCCUUUGUUGGGAGACACGCUUGGAAAUAAAAAGGAAAAAAACCCUCCAUUUUCAGCGGAGCAACUUUGGAUGUUGGUUAUGUUGGGAGAUCUUAUUUUCAAAUGUGUUUCAACUUCUGGCUUAAUUCUCAGCGAUUGUUAAUUGGAGCGGGAUGUGAGGAGUGCAGCAAGUACAACUUGCGCUCUCAGUUAAACAGUUCUCCUUUAUGUUUAAUUUCGGUCUCUUCCACACAGCCCCAUCUGGUUCUCAGCUACAGUUUCUCAGCCGUUUUGACUCGGAAAGGCAGAUUUUGUAGCCUGACAGUCAUUUGCACUUCUCAGGAGAGGGGUAGUAACUGGCAACAGUAGCAGAAUUUAAAGGGUAAUUAUGGAACGAUAACGUGAGGCUGCGGCUGGGGCUGGCUCAGGGGAUGUGAACGCUGUGGGAAGCAUCCCAGAUAAAGCAGGCCUGCAGGCACACUCCAGUUGGAGCUUAGGAUUUGGGCAGGCUGUCUCCACGUAAUGCUUUCCUGGGAUUGCUGUGCUCCGGGUGAAGCACACCUUGCCUUUCUUCUGAGUCCUUAAUGCGACAUGAAAGAACAGCUGGCCCUGCUCCUUCAGGAGUGAGAUGGAGCCGGUGUAGAAAAAAUGGGAACUUGCAGAGGAAGGUAUCCCAAAGAAAUGCUGUAGUGAAGGAAUUAAUUAGAUGAGUUUGUCCCCGAGCCUUAGAACGGAUGUGUUGGAUCGAGCUGAAGUGUGUUAAGGCUUAUGGUUGAAAUUGGAACUGGACUGCAAUUUGGGAGGUCAGGCUUUGAUGCCUGGUGCUCUGCAGACCUCCUGUGAGAGCUUUUUACAGGGAC